AUGAAAGACAAUACUACCCCAUGUUCAACAAUCUACAAUGAUUAUCUUUCAGCUGAAAACAAUCUUCAUCACUUCAAUGUCAUAUCAAAUUCGAUUACCGACUAUGGAUUAAUUUACAAUUACUAUGGAGGAACCUAUGGUAUUGUAAAAAUCACAGAUACAGUCAUAAGAGGCAAUUACCUUAACUCCAAGUCUGUUUUUGAGGGAGUUGGAGGCCCAAUUCUUGUUGCCGGAAAUGUAUUUGUAGAUACAAUAGCCACCCAUGGAUCAGUAACUCUUAAUGGAUAUUUUAUUGCUAAUGAUGCUCAGGAAACUACGUAUAUGUUCUAUGAAUCUGGAUUAUGCGAUGCAAUUAUUCCAUAUCCUAUGAGAACGACGCCUCCAAUGACUCCAAAUGAAACUCCAAUACAAACUCCACAAGAAACUCAGAAGCAAGACCCUGUCCAAGAUCCAACGGAAGAAUCAACUACAAAUUCAAAAAUAAUUUCAUCUGGUGAAAGCAACCAAAACUCAUCACAAGGUUCGAAGUUAAUUCUUGGAUUCUUGACUCAAAAGCAAUUUUAUAUUUGCAUCGGAAUAAUUUGUGGACUAGUUCUAAUAAUUUUAGUUCUUAUCUUUGUAAUUCAUAGACUAAGGAACAAAUCUGAAACAAAUUCCAUAUCAGAAUACUCUUAUAGCAUGCCAGAAGAGCAAGCUCAGCCCACAGAGCCAUUUAAUUCAACAAAUAGCAACACACAUGAAAAUCCACUGUUCAUUAAAUCGGAGCAACCAGAUGAUGUGUUUGCAAAUGAUUUUGAAGAUGUUAGUUUCAAUGAUUUCAAUUCAGAUUCGACGAAAGCAUCUGAUAUUGAAGAUUCUGCGCCAGAAAUAACUAAAAAACCUAGUAAUGAUCAAGAUGCUACCGAUGAAGCCCCAAAUAAAGUUUAUAUUUAG